AUAACCACAUAUCUCUCCUCUGCCUAUCGUACUGUUAUUGCUUCCAUGUUGUUAAGGUUUUUUUUUCUGUUUGUGUGUUUUUCUUAAAAAAAAAACUUAUUUGGUCUGAUUAAUCGUUGUCGGCGAACUGUAUCGUGAUUAUCAUCGCUGGUAUUGUUCUUUGUUUUCAUAAAAAAACACUUAGAGUUUUUUGAUUAGUUUGUUUUGUUUUUAUUUUAAUCUUUUUAAGUUUUAAUCGAUUUUAUGGUUGACGGGAAGUUUGGGAGAUAAUCACGCUGAGGAAAAGAGGCGUAUGCGUUCCCAGCAAGAAGAAGAAGCCGUCCUCUCUCGCCACCACCACUGCCGAUGGUCCCGGAACCGACGAUGCUACGAUCCCAAUCGAGGACGAUCGGACGACGACGGGAACGACAACGCCGGUGAUCACGGCGAGGACGAUCUCUCCGCCGCUCAAAAUCUUCGUGGUGUUCUACUCGAUGUACGGACACGUGGAGAGCUUGGCUAAGAGGAUGAAGAAGGGAGCGGAGGGAGUGGAGGGGGUGGAGGCGAAGCUGUACAGAGUACCGGAGACGCUUUCUCAAGAGGUCGUCGAGCAGAUGAAGGCGCCGGUGGCGGAGUUGGCGGAGGCCGAUGGGUUUCUGGCUGGGGUGUUGCGUUGCUGGUUGGUGUGCCAAGCAAAGACAAUGCCUUCAAGACUCAUCCAAUGAACAUGCUAAACGAGAUGACUCGCAAGGGUACUUUCUUUGGGAACUACAAACCCAAAACUGACUUUCCAGGGGUGGUCGAAAAGUACAUGAACAAGGACAUGGAGCUUGAGAAGUUCAUCGCUCACAUCUCUGAGAUCAACAAGGCCUUUGAUUACAUGUUGAAGGGAGAAAGCAUAUGUUUCAUCAUCACCAUGGGUGCUUGAAACCAACAUUCUCCUCCUACCAAUAAUGUCUACUUUGUGAGUGUUUUAGUAGAUAUCUCUGAUUGCUUUUGGUUUUUAAAGUCUCUAAUUUAUUACCAUAUCGUGCAAUAGUUUUCAUUCUAAUAAAAAUACAUAAUCUUUUCCCUUUAA